AUGGAUUUUGAGAAACUCUUUUCAUUUCAAAUAUUUUUCAUCUUUUUGAGGGAGUCACUUGAGAUCGUGAUUAUUAUAUCAAUCCUAUUGACCAUAGUUAGGCAUACUCUGUCCAUUCCAGAAACUGCGGUCUCGUCUGAUGGGAGUCUUACGGCUGUCGAAGAAGAAGAUGGCCAUUUCACCGUAGAGGAAGAGGAGGAAUUAUUCGAAUUUAGGGAUAUUUUAAACGAAGGAUCUCAGCCAGCCAUAGUUACUGAAGACAACGUUCCGGAUGAAAGUGCUAAAUUGUAUUCGAAACUGAAAGUGCAGAUCAUUUCAGGCGGUUUCUUGGGAUUACUUUUGUGCACGAUAAUUGGUGGUUCAUUCAUCGCUGUAUUCUACAAAGUAGGAUCAGAUCUCUGGACAUUGAGUGAACACUAUUAUGAGGGCAUUUUGAGUAUCGUGGCUUCAGUUAUCAUAUCUUUCAUGGGGUUAUUCUUUUUAAGAUUAGGUAAGUUGCGUGAGAAGUUCAGAGUAAAACUAGCUUCAAUAAUAUACUCCGACAGAAACAAAUUAUUUAAGACUCAAGACCAAUCCACUGCGGCAUUCAGCGAGAAAUAUGCAUUUUUUAUUCUUCCUUUCGUAACCACAUUAAGAGAGGGUCUUGAAGCAGUCGUUUUUGUCGGAGGUGUUGGUAUCGACCAACCUUUGUCUUCGAUACCAUUAUCAAUGAUUACCGCCGUUAUAGUAAGUGGAGUAUUGGGUUACCUCUUCUUCAAAUAUUCAAGUUCGUUUUCUUUGAAGAUUUGCUUAGUUAUUACAACGUGUUUCAUGUAUCUUAUCGCCUCUGGUUUAUUCUCAAAGGGUGUAUGGCAGCUUGAAUUGCAGGAUUAUGUAAAUAAGUGUCAUGGUCAAGAUAUGAGUGAAGUCGGGAGUGGGCCAGGCUCUUACGACAUUUCUCGUUCGGUUUGGCACGUCAACUGUUGCAACGGGGAGAUUGAUGGGGGCUGGAUGAUUUUUACUGCCUUAUUUGGAUGGACUAAUAGUGCAACAUAUGGCUCCGUUAUAAGUUAUAACGUAUAUUGGAUCAUACUCAUAGUUGCUAUUAAAUUGCUAAUGGUAGAGGAAAGGAAUGGUUUUAUUCCAUACCUACCUUUAAAAUGGCAGGAGAGACGUAUACUAAAGCGAAUGAAUACGAUUAAGGCCUCCCUUCAGUUGAGACAUCCAGAGCAGUCUUCUGAUCCAACGAGCUUCUUCCAACCUCAAAGGCCCUCAGAAGAUAGCUCAGCACCAUUAAUAAAGGAUCACCCAGAUGAGUCUGCAAGACAUGGAGCAGUAUAA